CCUUCACCUGUACCCAGAAUUUCUCCGAAGGCGGGAAACCCCCGAUUUGACUGUACAACCCGCGCCUCGCCCACGAUGCACCACCCGUCCAGGGGCACACUCGCCGAGCGACAUGUCCGACGUUAAAGAUCAGCAGGAGCAGGAGAAGGAUCUGCGCAGCGUGUUGGUGACGAGCGUCCUCACCCUGGAGAAGAUCGACCAGGGCCUUUACAGGGGGUCGCAUCCCUGGGUGCCACGGUCAAACACGCUGUUUGGCGGGCAGAUCGUGGGGCAGGCGCUGGUGGCGGCCGGGCUCACGGUGGCCAAGGGCCUCCACGCCCACUCGCUCCACUGCUACUUCGUGCGUCCAGAUCAUAACUAG